GUAUUGGCUCACGCUGCGUAUAUAAGCGAAUUGGUGUACCGACAGGACAUCAUACUGCAAUUGCUGCUUUGAGGAUCAGUUCAGUGAACCCGUGGAAAGUCAACAUGCUUCACUACGUCACGAUUGUUUGCUUGCUGGGAGUCGCCCACAGCGCCCCGUCUGGCGGCAUCAUCAGUCAAGCCAUCGGCGUUGAAGUCGGCAGUGUGUCGAACCCCGCGUACGGUUUCAACUACGCCGUAAGCGACCCGCUGACCGGCGACAACAAGGCGCAGUCCGAGCAUCGCGAGGGCGGCAUCGUCAAGGGCUCCUACUCGCUGUCGGAGCCCGACGGCACCAUCCGCGUCGUCGACUACACAGCCGACCCCGUCUCGGGCUUCAACGCCGUCGUCAAGCGCAUCGGCCCCGCUGCCCACCCCGCGCAACUUGCCGUAGCCCCUGUUGUCGCCGCUCCCGUUGUCAGCAAGGUCAUUGAACCCAUCGCCCCUAUCGCCCCCAUCGGACUAGGUCUAAACGGAUUAGGUCUCGGACUUGGCGGACUUGGACUUAAAGGAGGUUUAGGCCUAGAACUUGCCGGACUCGGCUUAGGGGACUAGACGCCGGCCUUUGGAAACACUAGUUUAAAAACUGUUUGAAACCAAAUUCAAAUAUGUAAAU